GAAGAGCUUCUGUGAAGCGUCAGAGAAGCUUCACAGAAGCUUUACAGAAGCUUUACAGAAGCUUCACAGAAGCUUUACAGAAACUUUACAGAAGCUUCACAGAAGCUUUACAGAAGCUUUACAGAAGCUUCACAGAAGCUUUACAGAAGCUUCACAGAAGCUUCACAAAAGCUUCACAGAAGCUUUACAGAAGCUUUACAGAGCUUUACAGAAGCUUUACAGAAGCUUCACAGAAGCUUUACAGAAGCUUUACAGAAGCUUCACAGAAGCUUUACAGAAGCUUUACAGAAGCUUCACAGAAGCUUUACAGAAGCUUUACAGAAGCUUCACAGAAGCUUUACAAAAGCUUCACAGAAGCUUCACAGAAGCUUCACAGAAGCUUCACAGAAGCUUUACAGAGCUUUACAGAAGCUUCACAGAAGCUUUACAGAAGCUUUACAGAAGCUUCACAGAAGCUUUACAGAAGCUUCACAGAAGCUUCACAGAAGCUUUACAGAAGCUUUACAGAGCUUUACAGAAGCUUUACAGAAGCUUUACAGAAGCUUUACAGAAGCUUCACAGAAGCUUUACAGAAGCUUCACAGAAGCUUCACAGAAGCUUCACAGAAGCUUUACAGAAGCUUUACAGAGCUUUACAGAAGCUUUACAGAAGCUUCACAGAAGCUUUACAGAAGCUUUACAGAAGCUUCACAGAAGCUUUACAGAAGCUUCACAGAAGCUUCACAGAAGCUUCACAGAAGCUUCUGUAA